AAACGCCGCACGCACCCACGCACGCACGCAAGCAAAGCAAACGCGACAGCUUCGCCUCGUCUCUCCCCCCCGAGUCCCCAACCCCUCCUCCUCCUCCUCUUCCCCUUCCCCGCGCCGCGGCGAGAUCGCUCCCCCCGGGGGCAGCAGCUAGAUCCCGAUGGCUUCGCGCCGCCGCACCCUCCUCAAGGUCAUCAUCCUCGGCGACAGCGGGGUUGGGAAGACGUCCCUGAUGAACCAAUAUGUGAACAAGAAGUUCAGCAACCAGUACAAGGCUACGAUUGGCGCGGAUUUCCUCACCAAGGAGGUUCAGUUCGAGGAUAGGCUCUUCACUUUGCAAAUAUGGGAUACUGCUGGCCAGGAAAGGUUUCAGAGUCUUGGUGUUGCAUUCUACCGUGGAGCAGAUUGCUGUGUUCUAGUUUAUGAUGUCAAUUCUAUGAAGUCAUUUGAUAAUCUUAACAACUGGCGUGAAGAAUUUCUAAUUCAGGCAAGCCCAUCAGACCCUGAUAACUUCCCUUUUGUUCUUUUGGGCAACAAAGUUGAUGUAGACGGUGGCAACAGCCGUGUGGUCUCUGAGAAGAAGGCAAAGGCAUGGUGUGCCUCUAAAGGGAAUAUCCCAUACUUUGAGACAUCUGCCAAGGAUGGUACAAACGUGGAGGAGGCUUUCCAGUGCAUUGUAAAGAAUGCUCUGAAGAAUGAACCAGAGGAAGAACUGUAUGUGCCGGACACCGUGGAUGUGGUGGGUGGCAACCGGGCCCAAAGAUCAUCAGGCUGCUGCUAGAACAUGAUGGACCAUGAGGGCUGAGACUGUUGGCUAUGCGGUAACAGAACUACCUUUGGACAUUGCUGUGCCUCCAUGGUGACUCUCAAGGACCCAUUCGUAACCUUUUCAAUCACCUCAUGUACCCAGUUAAGAUUGAUGCGUCUGGCCUGAGUUGUCAAAUUUGUGGAUGUUGUGCAGUUUAUCAGUAGCGUCAUAUCUUUGUGAAUACAAUCGGUGAAAUAAGUCGAGUGUAAACUGAAGUUUCUCCAUUAUGGUUCUCUCUGAAACGAACAAGAUGAAUUUGUUUUGUCUGCAUUGAGGCUGCAUUUCUGCAUUGACCA